AUGAAGACAAGUCUAUUGUGGCCGAUUGCCCUUCUUUUAUCUGCUGCCUCUACGGCCGUGACCCAGCCAUUCACGCCCCGUAACGAGGAAGUCGCCGACGGUACCCAGAUCGGUGAGGGCUGGAAGCGUCAUGAGUAUGCGGAAGAUGGCACCCAGAUUGGCGAGGGAUGGAAGCGUCAUGAGCAUGUGGGAGAUGGCACCCAGAUCGGCGAGGGAUGGAAGCGCCAUGAGCAUGCGGAAGAUGGCACCCAGAUCGGCGAGGGAUGGUAG